CUGGAGCCAGUGGCUGCGGGCGUCUCACUCUCGCGAUCUUUGACUCACUAUAAGUAGGAGGAGGGGGGUGAGGUAGCGGGAUAUUGGCUAUCGGAGUAUCGUGGAGCUCUGUCCCGUACCAGUAACUGUUCAAGAUGGCAGCUGGAAAUGCUAAAAUUGGUCACCCUGCCCCUGAUUUCACAGCCAAGGCUGUGAUGCCCAGUGGAGAAUUCAAGGAUUUGACUCUGUCCAGUUACAAAGGAAAGUAUGUUGUCGUGUUCUUCUAUCCACUGGACUUCACCUUUGUCUGCCCUACUGAGAUCAUUGCAUUCAGCGACAGAGCGGAUGACUUUCGCAAGAUAAACUGUGAAAUUAUUGGUGCCUCCACAGAUUCCCACUUCAGUCACUUAGCCUGGAUCAACACACCUCGUAAACAAGGUGGUCUCGGCCACAUGAAUGUUCCACUGGUUGCUGACUUGACACAUUCCAUCUCCAAAGACUACGGUGUUCUAAAGGAAGAUGAGGGCAUUUCUUACAGAGGACUCUUCAUUAUUGAUGAGAAAGGAAUCUUGCGGCAGAUCACAAUCAACGACCUUCCAGUUGGUCGGUCGGUGGAUGAGACGCUCAGGCUGGUGCAAGCUUUCCAGUUCACCGACAGACAUGGAGAAGUUUGCCCUGCAGGAUGGAAGCCCGGCAGUGACACCAUCAAGCCUGAUGUGCAAAGCAGCAAAAAGUACUUUGAAAAACAGGCCUAGGCUCCUGCAUUUUGGACCAGAUCCAAGCACUGAAUGUUUAUUUUUUGUUAAUGUAAAGAUUGUCUCACAGGAUCAGUUUGGUAUUUGUCCACAUCUGUGCUGCAAGUAGCAAGGUCCAAACAAACUCCUGUAAAUGUGUGUUUUUUUUACUGUGUCAGAAUAAAACAAGAUUGAAAGCC